AUGGCUGAUGACCUGGUUGGCACAACACUCGAUCGGGUCUCCGAACUCGAGAAGAAAAAUGUGGAUCUCGUGGCCGAACUGAAGGCGCUCUCCGAACAGGUUGCCGAAUUGCUGAGGGUGAAGGAUGCGCUGGAUGCCGAAACAGGCAAAGAGAAAGAGGCACCGCGUUCAUCUCAACUUACCGAAGAAGAAGAGGAAGUCGCGCGGAUUAAAAGGGGAGAGACCUUGUUCCCAGGACUUACAAAGAAAGCAGCCGCUCAAGCAGCGGAGGAUGCUGAGCGGUUGGAAAGGGAAAAACGGAGGCUGGAAGGUUACGCAGCCGAAAACAAGAAGAAAAAGGCGGUCACCUCCACUUCGGCACCGAAAAAGCGAAAGAGGGAAGCCCCUAAGAAAAUUCAAAUAGCCGACCUGCUCGAUGAGGUCACCGAAACGGUCAUCACGAGUACAUCGCAGCAGGCUGAUCAAGUCGAAGAGGAAUCGUCACGUGGAGCCCGCCGCACCGCACGGGGAGGGAGGUCGACGAGUUUCUCUUUCCCGAUUCGUGAACCGGGUUUUUCCUCAAGUGGGCCCCCGGAUGACGCACCACCUUACGCAUAA